GCCCUUGCUGGCUUUCGCGGCCGUGGGAAGGCCCAGCGCCCACGGAGUCGCGGGACGGGCAAGCCCGGGCGCGCAGGGAUCCUGGAACCCGAGGGCAAGGAGGCGAAGGCCGUGGGCCGCACCUGGGUUUUGCAGAACCACGAGGCCUCAGCUUCCCGGUCUCUGGACCAGGAGCAGCCGCGCUGCCCAGCGGAUCCUCCUUCCUCCCCGGGUUGCCCGCGGCUAUGUUUAACCGCGCCGUGAGUCGGCUGAGCAGGAAGCGGCCGCCGUCAGACAUCCACGGCAGUGAUGGGAGUUCCAGCAGCAGCCACCAGAAUCCCAAGAGCACAGACAAAUGGGCGGCUUCUCUGGAGAAUCUGCUUGAAGACCCGGAAGGCGUGAAAAGAUUUAGGGAAUUUUUAAAAAAGGAAUUCAGUGAAGAAAAUGUUUUAUUUUGGCUAGCAUGUGAAGAUUUUAAGAAAACACAAGAUAAAAAGCAGAUGCAGGAAAAGGCAAAGGAGAUCUACAUGACCUUUCUGUCCAGCAAGGCCUCUUCACAAGUCAACGUCGAGGGCCAGUCCCGGCUCAAUGAGACGAUACUGGAGGAACCGCACCCACUGAUGUUCCAGAAGCUCCAGGACCAGAUCUUCAACCUUAUGAAGUAUGACAGCUACAGCCGCUUCUUAAAGUCUGACCUGUUCUUAAAACACAAGCAAACUGAGGAAGAGGACGAAGAUCCACCCGAUGCCCAGACUGCAGCUAAAAGAGCUUCGAGAAUUUAUAAUACAUGAGCCCUCAAGACACUGGCAGGACUGGCAGCUUUCAGAAGUGAAGGAACUCACUCUCAGGACCAUGCAGGGUUUAUAACCUCUUUGUUAUCUGCAAGGACUGAAAUGUGCAAAACCCUUCCAUGGAAUAUGUGUAUUUUAUUACCUGCUUGACCAGUAAGUUUUGCAUGAUGGCUAAUCUUACAUAAAAAGACAAAUAGCUUUGAA